CUUGGUCUUCUUUGCCUUACAACAAAUAUCUAAAUCUAACAUUCAUUUCCUUCAAUCUGCCAUUCCCAUUCUCUCUCAAACCCAUUGAGAAAUCUCUUCUUCAUAAUUUUCACUCUCUUUGCUUUCUUAAACUCUUAAAACAUUUUCAAUUUCAUCACCUCUUUCUUUCUCCUCUUUCCUUUAGAUCUUCUCAACCGUCUAUAUAUCCAAAUCACAAUGGCUGCUCGAACUAAUAAACGAGCCUUCUCUUUGUCUUUCACCCAACGAUGUAAAUAUGAUGUGUUCUUGAGUUUCAGAGGAGAAGAUACUCGCAAUGGUUUUAUUAGCAAUUUGAAUGGCAUUUUGCGUCAUAAAGGUAUUAACACCUUCGUGGAUGAUGAGCUCCAAAGAGGAGAGAAAAUUUCCAUUGAACUUUUUGAAGUUAUAGAAAGUUCAAAGAUUUCUAUAAUUGUAUUCUCUAAAAACUAUGCAACUUCCACUUGGUAUUUGGAUGAACUUAUCAAAAUUCUUGAGUGUAAAAAGAAUGGCCAAGUGGUGUUUCCAGUUUUUUACAAGGUGGAUCCAUUAGAAGUACGUAGCCAAAAGGGGAAGUUCGGAGAAGCGUUGGCAAAACAUGAAGAAAAUUUCAAGUAUGACACGAACAAGGUGCAAAGAUGGAGGGCUGCUCUAAAUGAAGCUGGGAAUUUAUCCGAUUGGCAUUACAAAAAUGACCUCCCUCAAUUUACGUUUAUCCAAAAGAUUUUUGAAGGGAUCUCAAGUGCAAAAUUAAAGUGUUCGAAAGUAUUUGUUGUUAAAUACCCAGUUGGAAUAGACUCUCGCGUAGAUGAAAUAAGUUGUUGCUUAGAUAUUGAGUCAAACGAUGUUCGCAUGUUAGUGAUCCAUGGUCUUCCAGGAAUAGGUAAGACAACAAUUGCAAAAGCUAUUUUUAACUUAAUUGCAUAUCGUUUUGAAGGAAGUAGCUUUCUAGAGGAUGUUAGAGAAAGUUCAAAAACAAAUGAUGGUGUACUGCAACUACAAAAGGCACUUUAUUUUGAGAUCUUAGGGGUUAGAAAUUUGAAAAUGCAUGGUGUAUCUAAAAGAAUCAAUGAGAUAAUGGAAAAGCUUCAGCACAAAAAAAUUCUUUUAAUUCUAGAUGAUGUGGACAAAUUAGUCCAAGUAGAAAAUUUGCUUGGAAAAUGCAAUUGGUUUGCUUCUGGAAGUAGAAUUAUUAUCACAACAAGAGAGAAAAAGUUGCUAUGUACUCUACGAGAAGAUUGUCAUUUAAUUUACUAUAAAGUUAAGGAAUUAGAUGAUCAUGAAUCUCGUGAACUCUUUUGUCAACAUGCAUUCAAAAGAAACAAGCCUACAGAAGAUUAUUUGAAGCUUGUACACCAAUUUAUAGGUUAUGCCAAAGGACUUCCAUUAGUUCUAAAAAUAAUAGGUGAUGAUUUAUAUGACAAAAAUGUACAGUGUUGGAAAAGUGCAUUAGAUAAGUACAAAAGAAUUCCUAGUUCAGAUAUUCAAGAAGUACUUAAAAUAAGCUACGAUGGAUUGGACCAAAUUCAACGGGAUAUUUUCCUUGAUAUUGCAUGUUUUCUUAAAGGAUACCACAAGAAUUUGGCUGUAGAUAUAUUACAAAGUUGCAAUUCUCAUGACCCAUACUAUGAUAUUGAAAAACUUAUCGAUAAAUCUCUCAUAGUUGUUGCAAAAGAUGACAAAUUAUUGAUGCAUGACUUGAUACAACAAAUGGGUUUGGAAAUAGCUCGACAAGAAUCAGAAGUGUCAAAAAAACAUAGAAGGCUAUUGUGUUAUGAGGAUGCUCCUGAAGUACUAAAUAGAGAUACGGGAUUAGAUGAAAUUCGAGGCAUAACAUUGUCCUUGCCACAACCAAGAAAGAUGCAAUUGGAUCUUGGAAAGAUGAAAAGUCUCAAAUAUUUAACCAUUCACAAUGUAAUUUGUGAAGACAUUAAAUCUCUUCCCAAUGGGUUAAGGUUACUUGAUUGGAAUGAAUUUCCUUUAUCGUCAUUGCCGUCCACCUUUGAACCUAUAAAACUCGUUGCACUUAACAUGCGACAGAGCCACAUUGAAUUGGACGAGCAUUUCGAGAGGUGCCGAUUCAAAACAUUAAAAUAUAUGGAUUUCGCAUUUUGUGAAAAUAUUACAAAAAUACCUGACUUAUCAGUGAUUGCCCCGAACAUAAAGAAGUUGGAGCAUUUUAAAGGCAUAAAUUUAGUUGAGGUUCAUCAGUCCGUUGGACUUCUUGAAAAGCUUGAAUACUGGAAUCUUAAUGAAUGUCGAAAUCUUAGAAUUUUACCAACAAAGCUCCAGUUGAAAUCUCUUAAAAGAUUUUAUCUCUUUGGCUCUGAAAGUCUUGAGCAAGGAACGGAAAGAUUAGCAUUGUUUUCAUCAAUAGGAUAUCUCACUGGCCUUCGUGAGUUAUCAAUAAGUUUAAAAAACGUGAAAGAUGUUCCAAGUAACAUCUCUGAUUUACAAAAUCUUAGGUGCCUCUUUAUGUAUGAUUGUGAUGAAUUUCCAAAAGCCAUGGAUACCCCUGGUUUCUUCCCCAAUUUAGAACGUCUACAUAUCUCUUACAGCAACUUUACUACCCUUCCUGAAAUUGCUAUCAUAUUUCUCCAAUUAAAGAUUCUAAGGCUUUACUUUUGCUAGAACCUUCCGAAAAUUCCAAGACUUCCACAUUGUAUACAAGAGGUAUAUGCAAUAGGGUGUAAUUCGUUGAAUUCACAAUCAAGAAGAAGAUUAUUGAAUCAGUUUGGAGAAUUUAUAGGGCUUUAACAAAAUAUUGUACGUGCAAGGGGAAUACGGCAUCAGGAUUCUGAUUCUGAAACAAACUUUGAAUCAGAAUCAGAAUUUGAUUUCGAUGAAGCUACAUCUGAAACGGGCUCUGCAUUUGAAACGAACUCUAAUCCUGAAGCGGACAACGAAUCUGUACCAGAAUUUGAAACGGACUCGACAUGGGAACUUUAUGAUGAUUAUUCACUUGGACUUCCAGGAAGUAAGAUUCCAAAGGGGUGGUUCAACCAUCAAAGUGUUGGAAGUUUUGUAUCAUUCUCGGUCGGUCGAAAACUUCCAUCAUUUGCUAUCUGUGUGGCACUAAAAGUGGAACUGAAGGAUGUGACAUAUAGAUUGUAUCUGUUUAAUUGUUCUAUCUACAUGUACAUCAAUGGUUUUGAAAGAUUGCUCGUGUCUACUAAGUUUUCAAUAGAUUCACUAUCUUUUAUGUGGUUCUCCUAUAUACGAGAUAGCUCUUUGGAAGACAUAAUUCUGGAGGAUUGGAAUGAAAUUAAGAUUCUAUGUGAAUGUACAGAGUUUGAUCCUAAAAUUGCAAACAUUACAAUAGAAAGGUGUGGAGUCCAUGUACAAUGCAUUUGUCCUCCUUGCAACUCCGCAGCAAAUAAGGUGGCCCAAAUAAGAAUUCAAGAAAGACUCAAACUUCCCUUUGAUGAAAGAUUAAAAAUGUUUUUAUGCAGAGUGGCUGCCGAAGUCCUCCCCUUUGAGAAAAAGCUUGUCGGAUGCUUAAAAACCCAAGAUGCCCAUUGUCCUCUCUGUGAGAUAGUAGAAGAUUCUCUUUUACAUCUAUUUCAAACCUGUCCCUAUGCCAAAGGAGUAUGGUAUGGUGGUAGAUGGGGUUUUCGAGUCGAAAAGAUCCAAGCUCAGUCUGUUAUGGAAUUUGUUGAACAUAUAAUUGACCCCCCAAGUGAGUUACUUGCAGAAAGAAUUACCCAAGAUGAGUUCACACUGUUUGCAGUAGUGGCAAUGAAAAUCCUUUGGAUGGCUCGAGAGGAAGCUCUGUUUUCAAACUCUAAAGCCAACAUAAACCAGUUAGCCCAUCGUUUGAACAAACAGUAUGAGUUUUACUUGAGAUCACUCACCAAAGAGCAAAACAGGGGAAGUGCUUGGACCAAACCACUUGAUCAAUUGGUAAAACUUAAUUUUGAUGCAUCAUGUGAUCAAAACAAUGUAGGCUUGGCUGUGGUUCUCAAAGAUCACGAUGGGAAUGGAAGAGCUAUCAGACGUGGCAUAAACAUCAACGGCAAGAUGGGAAUGCCAAUGGCCAAAGAGAAUCGCAAAUUGUGGUAGAGUGUACAAAGCAAACUUCAUUGUAAAACCAACUUGCAAGCCAAAUUCUGCUUUGGCUUCUUCUUCAUUUGGAAAUCUGGUUAGAUCAAGAACAUUUGGUGCUUUUUCUUAGGAAGUACAUUCUCUCAUUGCUUCUUUACCAAGCCAAAUUUUGUUAGCUUCAUCUCAUGCGCCAUCAGAUGCCUGUUUUGUGACUGCAGAUUUGUUGUGGCUCAAUCCAUUGUGUCACGAGCAGAAGGUUCUUGAACCAGGGUGUGAUCAGCCAUCAUGCACUUUGUAGAAUAUGCCAUAUUUCAGAAUAACUGCCAGAGGUUGACCUUCUGGAAUUGCCACUACCAAUUGUGACUGCUACAGUGACAUGCAUGAUCAUCCAUCCUGCACUUCAUCUCUAAUACUUGAGUUUAAAAUAUGUCUAUGAGUAAGAAGAUUUAGAGUAUCAAAGAAACAAAUGUGCUCUCAUUUCAUCUAUUAAAAAUUGCAUGCUGUGGUUUUUUUAGUUUAAUUUUUUGUUCAUUUCUGUGGACAUAAUGUCUAUGAUUUCAACCAACAUCAAUGGAUAGUGGUUAGCCUAAACAUGAUAUUGUUGCUUUAAGUCAUGCUUAGGUAUGAUCAAGCUGCUUGUCUUGUCCUGUUACUCACAAAGUAAGAGUCAGCACCUUGUUGGUAAUAGAGGGGAUGUGAUUGGUCAUAUUUAUAAUUCUCCUGAUGAUGUUUCAAUUUUCAAUUCUUAUUCAUCGUAAUUGCAUACAUAUGUGAAAUUUAGUAUUCAUAAAUUAUGGAGUUAGAUAUUGAUUUCUUUUAUUCUGUUUUUUCCUCUUCUGUUACAACAUCUGCAGCUAUUAUUCUUUAGCUUUGCCUUUUGUGUAGAACCAUUGGAGGAUUGGCUUUUAGUGUCUCUAGAAAGGUUCUAAGUCCCUACAUUCAGCCUAUGUAGUUGAGCCAAUUCGUUGUCAUUUAGUGGAGGAGAUAGGGAUUGAAUUUAGGACCUCCUACUCUCAUACCAUGCUAAAUUUACUGAUUCUUCUAAAAGUUUAAACUAUUAGAACAUGGUAAAUUUUAUCAUUUAACCAUAUAGUGCUAACAGCAGAAAUGGACUUUGUUUACAUGUUCCAUAUGGCUAUUGGUGGGUGCUUGUAGAUUUGGAAGAAUCACUUAGUGAUAUCUUAACCACAUUAUCUAAUAAACACAAUCAUGUAGAAAAUGCCAAUGUAUUGUGAAAUAUAUUAAAUGACCAAAUAGAAGAAGUGUAUUUCAAGAAACUAAGAUUUGGGUUUCGAUAAUCUGAUUCAGUGCUUUGAAGAAUUGAAAGUUAUAGAACUUUAAAGAAAAUAUUAACAAGGACAAAGGCUGAUAAGGUAAACUGUUAACUUUAUAUCCUGAUGUUUUUAUAUGUGUGAAGAAGCUUUAUGCUUAAGAGACAUGCAAACUUGUUUGCAGAAAAGAUGAAUGCUCUUAACAAAUGAGUGAAAAGGCAAAGACAAAGCUGCAAUUUCAAUUCAACUACCUGAUUGCCCUCACUCCAAUCUCUCAGUAUUGGCUUAGGCCAUUGAGUGCAGAUUGUUAUGCCUGAUCCAGAUUGUGACUAGCCAAGGCAUUAUCAACCAUCAUGCACAUCAUAGAAUAAGCCAGAGUAGAGUAACAGCCAGCAACAAUACCAAAAAGUGCAUUGAAAUAUGUUGGUGCCUCCCGUGCCUCACUAUGUCGACCCUGAUGCUCAUUGAGAGAGCUUUUCAAAUUGCCUGGAUUACUUGAAGUUACAGACAGCAGAAACAACAACAACCAGAAUGACAGCAACAAUAAUACUCCCACCAUGAUACUACCAAUCUUUCCAGCCGAGGCAGAGAAAGUAUAGCACAGGUUGAAAGUAAAAUACCAGUGGUGUCCUCAAACGCUUCAAAUACAUAACUGAGGAGCUUUUUGCAGAAUCACAGCCAAUGCUUCUACUCCACCAGAGUGACUCAAAGCCUCAGAGUUCUCGUCCCUCACAAUGUCACAGAGCCUUUUCAGAUCUACAAUGAGAAAGGAAAUGGGUUUGUCAUUCAUGGAACCCUCAUUGUCAAGAUGCACAUCAAUGGUCUUGGUCGACUGGCACUGUAUAUAUGCAAGGGAAGUUGUAAAUCAGUAGACCAUCUUUGGUUAGUUUCUUAGUAGGUCAUGACUUGUGGUCCAUUGUUCUGAUGCUUUUGGGGUACAUCGGUUGAUGUCAAGAAGUUGUUAGAUGCCUAUUCUUGCUGGAAUGGUACUCAUAGUCAUAACAUAAAUAUCAUCAUUCGGUUGGCAGUUCCUCAUUGUCUUAUGUGGACAAUUGGAGUUACUGAACCUUUGAAGGCAUGAAGAAAUCAGUUAUAAAGACCAAAUUUACUUUCCUACAUCUGCAAUUUGGAUGUUGUACUAUGAUUUUUUUUGGGAUAUUUACGUUUAUGAUUGUAAUUCUGUAAGAAGCUCUGCAUUUUGAGCACUCCACUUCUUUAACAUAAUUCAUUAAUACUUUAAAAAGGAAGUGUUUGAUCACUUCCCUGGGCUACUCCUUGUUUA